GCUGGAAGGUUGCUUCCCACUGGUGAUACAGCUGCGAGUUGCCUCACUGAGGUUUUACCCAGGCCUAUUACUCCAACUACUGUGCGAAAGUUUCGAAAUACAACAAAUCCAGCUCCAGGUGCUGAAAGAAUAUUCUACGGCAGAGCAGAUGAUCCUGACAUUGCAGCUCACUUGACACACGGCGUAGAGUCAUGUUCUUCACUCGGUGGAGCUUCAUUGAUAAAUCCACCUCCUAAAACUAAUUUUCAACAAAAAAUGCAAGACAAAAAAGAAGCAAUCUACUUUAGUAAUCGUCAAGCACCCUUGGGCAGAUCACAUGAUCAGUCUUCUAUGUUACCUAAGGGCUUGGAUAUAAUUAAUACUACAUUUGGAACAAAAGUCAUCCAAGAUGUAUCAGCUGGAGAGCUUAUAAAUCCACCAAAAACUUCUGAGGAAGUGGAUAAAGAAGCUAGAGAAGGACAUGAUCUAUAUAUUGUGUCACAUAAUGAUUAUUAUAUGGGGGAAGCAAUAAAUAGGAAGUAUGACUCUCCAAACUUCAGCAAAUCUUUUGUUUAUGGAAUAGAAACCCCUCACUUUAAAGAUGGGCGAAGUGUAUCCAACUCCUUAAAUUGGCUCUAUGAUCUGCAAUCGAAGAGAGCAGCAAAAAUCAUAUCAAAACGAAGUGAUGAUUUCAAGGAAAAAUUUCAACCUCAACUUGGAAAAGUCCUUGAUCCUAUAGCAGAAACCAUGAAUGUUCCUCCAGGCCAUACAUUUGGAAUGUUACUCCGUCCAGAUGAAUAUGGAGUUGGUGAUCUUCUUCAUUGCCGGGUUCCAUGUGAGGUCCUCCAUGGUAAAGACAGAGAGAGAGCUGUCUUGGCUGCAGUUCGUCAAAGCUUGAAGAAAGCUAACUAUGAGAAUUUUGACAUGUUACUAGAAGCAUGCAGGCAUUAUGAUAAGAAUGGUGAUGGAAUGAUAGGCAAGGAUGACCUACGGAAGUCCUGUUUUCAGCUUAAUUUGAAUCUAGAUGAGGAGCUGCUGGAUUCCUUAUUUGACUACUGUGAUUUAGAUAAAGGUGGUCUGAUUAAUUAUUUGGAGUUUGCAAACUUUCUGAACUGGAAAGACAAAAUGGCUGUUAAAGAGUUUGAAGAAAAAAUAGUUACAAAAGGGAAAAAAUUAGAUGCUUCUGUUAUGCCUGAAGACACAAAGAUAAAAGAUGAGCCACUGCUGAAGCAGGAAGAUCUUGUGUUAAAAGAACUGGGAAGCUCAGAGAAGACACCAAAAACACUUAAAAGAUCAACAGAUCAUGUAUUUGCAAAUUACCAAACAACAACUUCUCAGUAUAAUGCUGUAGUAGGUGGUCUCCCAACAACCUGUUAUCCAGUGUGUGGUGUUCCAACUGUUCGUUCAGAUAUUCCUGCUCCUCGAAUUCGCCGCAUCAGUGACAGAACUAAUUAUGGUGAUGAGGCCAAUGCUUAUGCAUUAUUGUUCCCUUCUGUCUUCAGUCAAAAGGGAGUGUAUGAAAGAGACUUUUUUAAAACAAGACCAAAGGCAGAGAUUGCACAAAUUCUCCGCAACAUUGGUGUGAACAUUUCAGAUGAAAAGUUUGAAGAGAUAUGGAAGCAAGCCUGUAUGAAACAUCAGAAAGAAGAGGUUUGUGUAGAAAGCAUCAGGAAUGUACUACGACCAGACCAAGAAGAAGAAGUAGAUGAAGCCUUCUACAAACAACUAGAAGUAGCCUCAAAAACACAUGCCCUGGUGCUUAUGGGUGACUUCAAUCACCCAGAUAUUUGUAGGAAAGGCCACACAGCUAGGCACACACAAUCCAGAAGGUUCCUGCAGUGCAUCGAUGACAACUUUCUGAUGCAGGUGAUGGAGGAGCCAACAAAAAGUGUGCUGCUGGACCUUGUAUUAACAAACAAGGAAGGACUGGUUGGGGAUGUAAAGUUUAGGGGUAGCCUUGGCCAUAGUGAUCACAACAUGGUAGAGUUCAGUAUCGAACAAGGAAGAAGCAGGGCCAUAAGUAAGAUUGCGACCCUGGACUUCAGGAGGGCUAACUUCAUCUUCUUCAAAGACCUACUUGGAGGUAUCCCGUGGGCUAGGACUCUAGAACAUAGGGGAGCUCAAGAGAAUUGGUUAAUAUUCAAGCACCACUUCCUCACAGCUCAAGAUUGGUGCAUUCCUUUAAGAAAUCAAGUAGAGGAGGCAGGAGGCCUCCAUGGAUGA